AAGAGCAUUGUCUGUCCGGCAGUUGAUAGGAGUUUGUCGCGGCGCACGGUCGCGUGGUGAUGUGAAACAUACACACGGACACUUCUCCCAAUUGUUGAUGUGAACUAAUAUAAUUAAUUGCGGCGUCCACCAUGUCAAAAGUCAAGACGAUGCUGAAAAUUGGCGGCGGCGCUGCCCUGGUUGCGGCCAUCGUCGCCGUGUUCGUGGUGGCGACGCAGGGGCGGGACCCCGAGCUGGAAGCCCUGGAGCACGAGGGCCGGGACUACAUCGUCCAGCUGGACAGGGCGACGGGACUCAGGAAGAACUUGGUCAGCAAAGCGGAGUGGUCGUACACAGCGAACAUUUCGAAGGAAAACGAGGAGAAAUUUAUACAAGUCCGUUUAGACGUUUCAAAGUUGGACAAGCAAGCGUGGGAGGAGACACGCAUGUACAAAUGGCAGGUCUGGCAGGACGCCACUCUGAAGAGGAUGUUCAAGAAGUACAGCGAGUUGGGAGUAGCAGCGUUACCUGACGAGAAGUAUAAGCAGCUGAUGAGGGCCGUCUCGGGAAUGGAGGCAAAUUAUGCCACUUCAAAAAUAUGCUCUUACAAGGACGAGACUAAGUGUGAUUUGGCUUUGGAGCCUGAUAUCACUGAGAUCUUCGCGAAGAGUCAGGACCCUGAGGAGCUGAAGUACACCUGGGUGCAGUGGCACAAGCAGGCCGGCGCCAAGGCCCGACGUAACUUCACUCAGUAUGUCCAACUUUACAACGAAGCUGCUAAACUUAAUGACUACAACGACGUCGCUGACUGGUGGCAAGCCGACUACGAGGUGCCAGACUUCGAGGGUCAGAUGCAGAAGCUGUGGGCUGACGUCAAGCCUCUGUACCAGCAACUGCACGCGUAUGUUAGAAAACGUCUGCGCGACAAAUACGGAGACGGCGUUGUGUCUCAGAGGGGACCGAUCCCGGCCCAUUUAUUAGGUAACAUGUGGGCUCAAACGUGGAACAAUAUAGAGUCUUUCACCCGACCUUAUCCCGACAAGAAGGAGAUUGACAUAACCCAAGCGAUGCGCAACCAAAACUACACAGCUCUGAAGAUGUUUCAGAUGUCCGACGAAUUCUUCAGGUCGUUGAACCUGACAGCCAUGCCGGAGAAGUUCUGGAAGAAUUCCAUUAUAGAAAAGCCAAAGGAUAGGGAGAUAGUGUGCCAUGCGUCCGCUUGGGACUUCUAUGAUGGGGAAGAUUUCAGGAUCAAACAGUGUACCACAAUAGAUUACGAGUAUUUUCAAACGACUCACCACGAAAUGGGCCACGUGCAAUAUUUCCUACAGUACAAAGACCAACCGAUUGUUUUCCGCGACGGAGCGAACCCAGGUUUCCACGAAGCUGUUGGAGACACGAUUGCACUCUCAGUGUCGUCUCCCAAACAUUUGCGGAGAGUUGGUCUCAUAAACGGCGACGCUGAAGAUGAACAGACUGAAAUCAACCAACUUUAUAAAAUGGGUAUAGACAAGAUCGUGUUCCUGCCAUUCGCGUACACGCUCGACCUAUUCCGUUACGGCGUCUUCCGCGGCACCACCACGCCGGAGGACUACAACUGCCACUUCUGGAGACUAAGGGAGAUGCUCCAGGGGGUGGAGCCGCCCGUGAACAGGACGGAAGAUGACUUUGACGCCGCUGCUAAGUACCACGUCUCGGCUAAUGUUGAAUAUGCCAGAUACUACGUGUCGUUCAUAAUACAGUUCCAAUUCCACCGGGCGCUCUGCAGUCUGGCCGGCGACUACGUGGCAGGGGACCUCAACAAGAAGCUGGUGGACUGUGAUAUAUACCAGAGUAUUACUGCUGGGAACGCUUUGGCUAACAUGCUCAAGAUGGGUUCCUCCAAGCCGUGGCCGGACGCUAUGGAGGUCCUGACCGGUCAGCGGGAGAUGAAGGCUGAUGGUCUUCUGGAGUACUUCCGACCCUUGUACGACUGGUUGAAGGCGGAGAACCAGCGCACGGGGGAGUACAUCGGCUGGGAGUCUAGUAAUAAACAAUACUGCACCCAAGAGCAAUGGGCAGCAAUUAACGCCAAAGAAGCGACAGAGGCCACCCAGCGACCGGCGACGUUCAUCAUGAAGAUCAUCGGUGAGCUGGCCCUCCUGGGCGCCAUAGCUUCGGUCUUCAUCGUGGCAGCCCAGGGUAGGGCGGCAGAAAGGGCGGCCGAAGAAGCAGCCGGGAGGGAGUACAUGAGGAAGCUGGACGAGCUCACGUCAAACCUGAAGAACAGAAGAGUGAUGGCUUCGUGGAACUACGAGACUAAUAUUACGAAGUUUAAUGAGGACCAAAUGCUAAUGACGUCAUUAGAAGUGGCUGAACAAGAGAAGGAAGCAUGGAAAGAGACGAUGAGCUACCUGUGGCACGAAUACGAAGAUCAGGACCUCAAGAGGAUGUUCAGAAAGUACUCAGAGCUGGGCACAUCUGCAUUGCCCGAGGAUUUGAACCAGAGGCUGAUACAGGCGGUGAACAACAUGCAGACUACCUACGCGAAGGCGACUAUAUGCGAUUACAAGGACAGGACAAAAUGCGACUUGCAUGUGGAACCAGAUGUAACAGACAUAUUUGCAAAUAGUCAAGACCCUGAAGAGCUGAAGUACACCUGGUUGGAGUGGCACAAGGCGGCCGGCGCGCCGUCUAGGGCCCACUUCACGGAGUACGUCGAGAUGGACAAUGAAGCUGCGAAAUUGAACGGUUUUGAUAGCGUAGCAGAGUGGUGGCUCCACGAGUACGAAGAGCCAGACAGUGAAGCCCAGUUUGCCAGCCUUUGGGGUCAAAUCAAGCCUCUGUACCAGCAAAUCCAUGCCUAUGUCAGACGCCACCUCAGGGAAAAAUAUGGCGAAACCGUUGUGUCUGCUAAGGGUCCUAUUCCUGCGCAUCUUUUAGGUAAUAUUUGGGCGCAAACAUGGGGAAACAUUGAAAAGUUUACCAGGCCUUAUCCAGACAAGCCGGACGUUGAUGUCACAUCAGCACUGAUUGCUCAAAAAUACACUCCGUUGAAAAUGUUCCAAACAGCGGAAGAAUUCUUUAAGUCCCUGAACCUGAGUGCAAUGCCGGAUUUGUUUUGGGAAAAGUCAAUUUUAGAGAAACCAAACGAUGGACGGGACAUGGUUUGCCACGCUUCUGCUUGGGACUUCUUUGAUGGUGAAGAUUUCAGGAUCAGGCAAUGUACGACCGUGACCAACGCAUUUUUCAAGACUACGCAUCAUGAAAUGGGUCAUAUUCAGUAUUACUUGCAGUAUAAGGAUCAACCGGUUGUUUAUAGGGAAGGCGCGAAUCCUGGUUUCCAUGAAGCCGUUGGCGAUGUGAUUGCUCUGUCGGUAGCUACACCGAAACAUUUGAAAGUCAUGGGACUGCUGGAAGAUGGUCCUGAUGACCAGGAGUCCAAUAUUAACCAACUGUACAAAAUGGGUCUAGACAAAAUAGUGUUCCUACCCUUCGCCUACCUACUAGAUUUGUUCCGCUAUGGUGUCUUCCGUGGCACCACCAGUGCCAGGGACUACAACUGUCACUUCUGGGCCUUGAGGGAGACCUUACAGGGGGUGGAGCCUCCGGCAGAAAGGAGCGAAGAUGACUUUGAUCCGGCUGCAAAAUACCAUGUGUCUGCUGAUGUUGAGUAUAUGAGAUACUAUAUUUCCUACAUCGUUCAGUUCCAAUUCCACCGGGCGCUGUGCCUAUUAGCAGGAGAGUAUAAACCUGGCGACUCCAGCAAGUUACUGUCUAAUUGUGAUAUUUAUAGAAGUCAGGAGGCUGGAAUGGCUUUGGGAAAAAUGCUCCAAAUGGGUUCCUCCAAGCCCUGGCCUGAUGCUAUGGAGGUCCUGACUGGCCAGCGGAACAUGGACGCCAGUGGAUUGCUGGAAUAUUUCCAACCCUUACACGAUUGGCUGAAGGCUGAGAAUGAGAGGAACAAUGAGUUCAUUGGGUGGGAGCCGAGUACAGUUGAAUAUUGUUCACCAGAACAGAGGAUGGUGAUGGCAGAGUUUGGGUUGAACGAGAAACUCAAGCAAUACGCCAAUCUGUAAAAACAAUCCUUGUUUAUUUAUUAAAUAUUUAUUGUAAGGAU